CAGCACGAAAUCGGCUGCGUCGACUUCGUGCUGUAUCAAACACCACCGGUAAUAUCCAUCCUCCUCCAACAUCUGCCGAUAGUCGUCGCUGCGAGUCUGAGCUGCUGCUCCUUCGCAUCGAGCCAAUCGCACCAACAAGCCCUGCGCCGACUGUGGACUUGUACGAUAACCUCCGUGUCCAAAUCUGCCUGCCUGCCAUCUGCCCGCCAUGCCCCCAAAGAACGCCGCCAAGAAGGUCGUUGAUGACAAGACCUUUGGCAUGAAAAACAAGAACAAGUCGGCCAAGGCACAAAAGUUUAUCCAGCAGCUGCAUCAGCAGGCAUCUCAGGCUGGAAACAAGAAGGAAAAGACCCUUGCUGACCAGCGGAAGGCCGAGCAGGAUGCCCGGAAGAAGGCCGAGGCAGACCGAAAGAACGAGCUCUCCGAGCUGUUCAAGCCCGUUGCCCAGCAACAGAAAGUGCCCUUCGGCGUCGAUCCCAAAACAGUCAUCUGUGCCUUUUUCAAGCAGGGAACCUGCCAGAAGGGUGCCAAAUGCAAAUUCUCCCACGAUCUCACCAAGGAGCGCAAAGAUGCCAAGAUCGAUAUCUACACCGAUAACCGCAACGAGAAAGACGAUAAAGAGAAUGACAGCAUGGACACAUGGGAUCAGAGCAAGCUGGAGGACGUGGUCAACAAGAAGCACUCCCUGAGCGAUAACCAAAACAAGCCCACCGACAUUGUCUGCAAGCAUUUCAUCGAGGCGAUCGAAUCCCAAAAGUACGGCUGGUUCUGGGAGUGUCCGGCGGGCGGCGACAAGUGCAAAUACCGCCACGCCCUGCCCCCCGGCUUUGUCCUCAAGAAGAAGGAGACCGACGAGGAGCGACGUGCCCGAGAAGAGCGGGAAAAGGCCAACGAGCUCACCAUCGAGGAGUUCUUGGAAACGGAGCGCCACAAACUUGGCCCCAACCUGACACCUGUGACCUACGAGUCCUUCCAGAAGUGGAAGGAGGAGCGAAAGGCCCGCCUCAAGGCCGAGGAAGACGAUGCUCUGCGGAAGCGUAUGGAUGCCUUCAAGCAGCUCAAGUCUGGCGGCAAGCCCUCCAUGCAGUUCUCCGGAAGAGAGCUGUUCGAGUUCAACCCCGAGAUGGCCAACACUGGCGAUGACGAGGACGCCAUGGACGAAUAUGUGCGCGACGAGAGCGACCACGAGAACGACGAAGACUACCAAGCCGGCCCUAGCGGCGUCCUGGAUGAUGACGAGCUGAGCGGAGUUAACAGGAAGGGAAAGGGUCGGGCUGACGUGGACGACUUGCGAGUGCAGGACAUUCAGAUUGAGGAGGAGCUGUUUGACGAUGAGGAGCUGGCAGGGCUAGAUGACGACGACGAGGACGAUGAAUAAAGCGGCUCCUACUCAAAAGCAA